GGCAGUUGGUGAACCUGCUGCCUCCAGAGCACCUUCCCUGGUGUGGAGGCAGCCAGGGACCCAGGAUGCUCCGGACCUGUUAUGUGCUCUGUUCCCAAGCUGGUCCCCCUGCCAGGGGCUGGCAGUCACUGAGCUUCGAUGGCGGGGCCUUCCACCUCAAGGGCACAGGAGAGCUGACACGGGCCUUGCUGGUUCUCCGGCUGUGUGCCUGGCCCCCACUCGUCACUCAUGGGCUGUUGCUCCAGGCCUGGUCUCGGCGACUCCUGGGCUCUCGGCUCUCAGGCGCAUUUCUCCGAGCAUCCGUCUAUGGGCAGUUUGUGGCUGGUGAGACAGCAGAGGAGGUGAGGGGCUGCGUGCAGCAGCUGCGGACCCUCAGCCUCCGACCACUGCUGGCAGUGCCCACUGAGGAGGAGCCGGACUCUGCUGCCAAGAGUGGUGAGGCGUGGUAUGAGGGGAACCUCGGUGCUAUGCUGCGGUGUGUGGACCUGUCACGGGGCCUCCUGGAGCCCCCCAGCCUGGCUGAGGCCAGCCUCAUGCAGCUGAAGGUGACGGCGCUGACCAGCACUCGGCUCUGUAAGGAGCUAGCCUCGUGGGUCAGAAGGCCAGGAGCCUCCUUGGAGCUGAGCCCCGAGAGGCUGGCUGAAGCCAUGGACUCUGGGCAGAGCCUCCAGGUCUCCUGCCUCAAUGCCGAGCAGAACCAGCACCUCCAGGCCUCCCUCAGCCGCUUGCAUCGGGUGGCACAGUAUGCCCGGGCCCAGCACGUGCGGCUCCUGGUGGAUGCGGAGUACACCUCACUGAACCCUGCGCUCUCGCUGCUGGUGGCUGCCCUGGCCGUGCGCUGGAACAGCCCGGGUGAAGGCGGGCCCUGGGUGUGGAACACCUACCAGGCCUGUCUAAAGGACACAUUCGAGCGGCUGGGGAGGGAUGCAGAGGCUGCACACAGGGCUGGCCUGGCCUUCGGAGUGAAGCUGGUACGAGGUGCAUAUCUGGACAAGGAGAGAGCAGUGGCCCAGCUCCAUGGGAUUAAAGACCCCACUCAGCCUGACUAUGAGGCCACCAGUCAGAGUUACAGCCGCUGCCUGGAACUGAUGCUGACGCACGUGGCCCGCCAUGGCCCCAUGUGCCACCUCAUGGUGGCUUCCCACAAUGAGGAAUCUGUUCGCCAGGCAACCAAGCGCAUGUGGGAGCUGGGCAUUCCUCUGGAUGGGACUGUCUGUUUCGGACAACUUCUGGGCAUGUGUGACCACGUCUCUCUGGCACUGGGGCAGGCCGGCUAUGUAGUGUAUAAGUCCAUCCCCUAUGGCUCCUUGGAGGAGGUAAUCCCCUACCUGAUCCGGAGGGCCCAGGAAAACCGGAGCGUGCUUCAGGGUGCCCGCAGGGAACAGGAGCUGCUCAGCCAAGAACUGUGGCGGCGGCUGCUGCCGGGAUGCCGAAGGAUACCCCACUAGCACCCCUGAGGGGGUCAUGUGGUCAAUAAAGGUCCUUAGGUGCUGCCAAAGCUGCUGUCCUGCACUGACGCCGCCUCCUUGGGGAAGGGCUUAUCUUGACCUCAGCCAGCCCAAGCUAGGGGUUUUGCAGUUCAAGAGAGAUCGUUAGGCUGGGAGUGGUGGCUCUUGCCUAUACUCCCAGCACUUUGGGAGGCCGAGGUGGGAGGCUUGCUUCAGUCUAGGACUUCAAGACCAGCCUGGGCAACAUAGCAAUAUUCUUUCUCUACAAAAAAUUAAAUCAGUAGGGCAUGGUGGUGCGUGCCUGUGGUCCCAGCUGGGGUGGCUGAGGCAGGAGAAUCACUUGAUCCCAGGGGUUUGAGGCUGCAGUGACCUAUGACUGCACCACUGCUCUCCAGUCUGGGUGACAGAAAGAGACUGUUUCAAAAAAGAAAAAAAAGAAAAAGAGGCCGGGCACGGUGGCUCACGCCUGUAAUCCCAGUACUUUGGGAGGCUGAGGCGGGUGGAUCACAAGGUCAGGAGAUCGAGACCAUCCUAGCUAACAUGGUGAAACCCCGUCUCUACUAAAAAUACAAAAAAAUAGCCGGGUGUGGUGGCGGGCGCCUGUAGUCUUAGCUACUCGGGAGGCUGAGGCAAGAGAAUGGCGUGAAUCCAGGAGGCAGAGCUUGCAGUGAGCUGAGAUCAUGCCACUGCACUCCAGCCUGGGCAACAGAGGGAGACUCAGUCUCAAAAAAAAAAAAAAAAAAAAGAAAAAAAAGAAAAAAAUCGUUAGACACCCAUUGAGCACAGCCAGGGCAUUGAUAGAGGACUAAGGAAGCCUCCCUCACCUCUGAGGCAGCCUGUCCUGGGUUGGGUCUGGCCAGUGACUGAUGCAGAACUUUCUUCAUCCCAAGGGAUGCCUAAAGGAAAGGCACACAUGGAGAGCAGACGCCAAGGCACUGAAGUCAAUGGGCUCGGCCCAGGCCACGUGGCGAGGGAGGGACAGAAGAAAGAGCCAAGCCAUUCUCUCAGUUAAUAAGCAUUGAAUGAAACUAGGCUCAGUGACUCAUGCCUGUAAUCCCAGCACUUUGGGAGACCAAGGCAGGUGUAUUGCUUGAGGUCAGGGGUUUGAGACCAGCCUGGGCAACAUAGUGAAACCCCAUAUCUCUCAAAAAAAAAAAAAAAAAAAAAAGAAAGAAAGAAAUUAGCUAGCCAGGAGUGGUGGCUCACACCUGUAAUCCCAGCACUUUGGGAGGCUGAGGCCGGCAGAUCACGAUGUCAAGAGAUCGAAACCAUCCUGCCCAACAUGGUGAAACCCCAUCUCUACUAAAAAUACAAAAAUUAGCCGGGUGUGGUGACACUCGCCUGUAAUCCCAGCUACUUGGGAGGCUGAGGCAGGAGAAUCACUUGAACCUGGGUGAUGGAGGUUGCAGUGAGCCAAGAUCGUGCCACUGCACUCCAGCCUGGUGACAGAAUGGGACUCCAUCUUAAAAAAAAAAUUAGCUAGGUGUGGUGGGUGGCCUGUGCUUGUAGUCCCAGCUACUUGGGAGGCUGAGGCAGGAGGUUGGCUUGAGCCCUGGAGGUAGAGGCUGGAGUGAGCUAUGAUCUCGCCACUGCACACCAGCCGGGGCAAUAGAGUGAGAUCCUGUCUGAGAAAAACGCCAGGUGCAGUGGCUCAUGCCUGUAAUCCCAGCACUUUGGGAGGCCAAGGCAGGCAGAAGUCAGGACCAGCCUGGCCAACAUGGUGAAACCGCGUGUCUACUAAAAUACAAAAAUGAGCCAGGCGUGGUGGCGUGCGCCUGUAAUCCCAGCUACUCGGAAGGCUGAGGAAGGAGAAUUGCUUGAACCUGGGAGAUGGAGGUUGCAGUGAGCCGAGAUCGCACCACUGCACCCCAGCCUGGGCGACAGAGUGAGAAUAAAAGCACUGAAUGAGGCCUCUUUUGAGCUAGGUUCUGGGGUGAACAACGCUGUGAACACAACAGUGACAAGAACGACCCAAGGCCCUGCCUUACAGGGCUUAGUCCUGUGUGGGUAGACAGCCCCAUCCUCAGACAGUGACAGCCCCGACUGGUCAGGGCUGUGGGGCCCAGGCUGAGUGGCUGGGGCUGUGUUGGGAAGGGGGUGCUACUGCGCAGGCGCUACGGGAGGCCACUGGUGCUCAAGCACCUCGGAUUCCCGCUCAUACAGCUGGCCGGAUCAUGUGGCAGUCAGGUGGCGACCACUAUCUAGCCCAACGGUGAGUGCAAAGCCACCUGGACUGGGGUGUGGGCCCAGAACUUUCCCAGAGCUUUCUGGGCCCUCAGAUCACCCUCAGACCCUUCCCCCAGCCCUCAGGCCCCUCCCACCCUGUCCUUCUCUUCCGCGGCCCUCAGACCACACCCCUGCCCGCCCCUUUAGCAAACCCUGUCACCAUUCCACUGACUCCUUCCCCAGCCCCAGACACUGUCCUCAGAGCCCCUUUCCCAGCCCCCAACCCCCAACACACAGACACUUCCCUAGUCCUUAGUCCACGCGUCCCACCCGCGGACCCUCGCACAGUCGGCAGAUCCUGCCAUCAGCGCCCUCUCCUCCUUCAGAGCGCGCCCGCUGCCCUCAGACCCCAUCCACCCCACGGACCCCACAGACGCUGUCCCCAGAGCCUCCCCUCGACCCCUCUCACCGCCUCUCAGAUUCUAAACCACAGGCGCCUCAUCCUCCCACUGCAGCCUUCAGAGCCUCCUCCUGAGCCCUCCGACUCCUUUGCCAAGCUCGGAUCCUAUCCUCGCAGCCCUUCUGCCACCCUGGCACACCCGACCCCAGCCCUAAGCCCCCUCCCAGCCUCCCGAUUGCCUUUAGAUCCCCCUCAGCUCUCAGCCUCCCUGCGACCCCAGACCUUCUGGUGUGUCGCCCUCCCAGAGCCACCCUCUUUUCUCAUUCAGCCACCUCCCUUCCCAUCAGAACCCUCCUAAAUUCCCUUCCCGUCUAGACUGCGCCCCCAGGACCCCCAGCCAGCUCUGUUUUCAUUGUUUUGUUGUCCUCGAAGUUCCAGUCCUUCACAUCCCCCUUCCCUGAUGAGACCCCCUAGCGGAUCCCUGCCCAGGAGCCGACUGAGCUGCAGCCCACAGAUGCCCUCGCCACCCUUUCGCUUCCCAGUGGAGCUGGGCUCCAAGAGGGAUCUAGACAUCCAGGUGGGCCGUCUGCACCACCUGGCUGUGGCUGGGGGCCCAGGAUGGGGCCCGGCCAGCCUCCUGCGGAGAGGUGAGGGCCUGGCUGCAGGUACAUCUGUGGGGGCAGGAUCAAGGAGCUGUAUGGAGGGUGUGGCUUCAGUUGGCCAGUCAGCAGUGGUACCGAACACUGACUGUGUCCCGGGCUCUGUGGUCCCUGAUGGGGCUUUAAGGGUGAGCAUGACCCUUGGACCAUUGGGAAUGAAAUGCAGUGGGAUGAGGAUGAGACACUAGACAGUACGGCCUUUCAGGUGGAGGAUGUUUGAGUCUUACAGUAUAAGAGUCAGCCACUCAAAAAAGGUGAAAAGAAGUGGGGAGAGAUGGUGGGGUGCAAUGGCUCAUGCCUGUAAUCCCAGCACUUUGGGAGGCCGAGGCGGGUGGAUCACUUGAGGUCAGGAGUUUGAGACCAGCCUAGCCAUCAUGGUGAAACCUCGUCUCUACUAAAAAUACAAAAAUCAGCCAGGCGUGGUGGCGUGUGCCUGUAAUCCCAGCUACUUGGGAGGCUGAGGCAUGAGAAUUGCUUGAACCCAGAAGGCAGAGAUUGCAGUGAGCUGAGAUCGUGCCACUGCACUCCAGCCUGGGCAAUAGAGCGAGACUCCAUCUUAAAAGAAAAAAAAAAAAGAAGUGGGGAGUGAUGGAAGAGGCUGUGCAAACGCUCUGAAGUCAGAAUGAACUGCCCAUGUAUGAGUAGCAGCAGGACUUGGAGAGACCUGAGGCUGAAGCGGCCACAAGUCCACACAGUUAAGGGCCUCUAAAGGAUUGUGAGUUUUGUUGGAUUUUGUGUGUGUGAUAGGAAACUGCUGGCACUGUAAGCAGGAAAUUAACAUUAUAAUUAACAUUAAAUUAGGCUGGGCAACUGUU